AUGUCUUCUGUCUCGCAAAACGCGACCGGAUACGAUCAUGAUAAUCUUCGCCAUGUGGUCAUUACCGCAACAUGUUUUGCAUUUAUCUUGUCUACAUCGGCGGUCGCCUUCCGAAUUAUCUCUAGGAAGGUCAAUGGUGGAGGUCUAUUCCCUGAUGAUAUUCUUAUUCUUUUCGCCUUGCUAUUUGAAUAUGGCAUUUCUAUUGCGGGCGUUGUCUUGCUAUAUAAUGGAUUGGGAACGCAUGUCAAAUAUGUUCACCCCGAUCAGCUGAUAGUUUAUUUGAAGACACUUUUCACCGGCUCGAUCCUGUACACCGGCUGCAUUGCAUGCAUCAAACUAUCCAUCCUGUCACUGUACCGACGACUGUUCCCGACCAAAACAAUGAAAGCUGCCGUCAACGUCGUUGGGACGAUCGUUAUCCUUUGGGCGGCGUGUGGUAUCCUAUCUGGCUGCUUUAUCUGCUUGCCAACAAAAAAGCUUUGGCUGCCUGCCACACCAGGCGCGUGCAUGGAUCUCGGAAAAUACUACUAUGGUCUUCAAAUUCCUAACAUUGCGACCGACGCGAUCAUCCUCGUUAUGCCUAUGCAUACUGUUUGGAAUCUUCCGAUUUCCCGUGCUCAGAAGACGGGCCUUUCUGCGAUUUUCAUCGUGGGCUUUUUGACUUUGAUUUUCGAUAUCGUCCGCCUGGUCGCUCUCAUCGACCUGUCAAAGGCUGGAAGCGACAUCACCUAUACUCAAGUCAACUCAAGUGUGUGGACAUGCAUUGAGCCUGCCGUUGGCAUUGUCGCCAGUUGUUUAUCCAACAUGCGCCCCUUGUUUAAGGUUGUGCACGAGAAGCUUUCGAGCCGCUACUCUAGCCAAAAUGACACGGGCAAUACUAGUCAGCAAGAGAUUACGAGCGAGAAGCGUGAUUGGGAUCAUAGGACUCCAAGCCCAAAUGGCAACAUGAAUCACUCCGAGUCUGAUUAUCAUACUGAUAGCUCCUCUCACUCUCACACUGGCAGUCCUGCUUAA